ACUUGCAAUAUCCAUGUAAAACUAAUUGAGUGCUCUCUCUCUCUCUCUCUCUCUCCCCCUCUCUCUCUCUCUCUCCCUCCCGAAAAUCCACCGGAAUCGUCACAUUUCUGUCUCCAGUCCACUUCAACCUCUUGCACUGAGCUUGCUUAAAAACGAACCACUUCGACAGUAACCUCCAUUAAAAUAGCCUCAUACAAUCCUUCAAUCUUUCCCACGAGGAACAUAAAGGGAUGAAAAGCCUACAAAGCUGGCCUGAGCCGGUCGUUCGGGUCCAAGCCCUAUCGGAGAGCGGCAUUAGGGCGAUCCCUGACCGCUAUGUGAAGCCACCCUCCGACCGGCCAUCGGUUGUCUCCUCACCCAUGGUCAAGGAGGUCAACAUCCCUGUCAUCGACCUCAAAGGCCUCUUCGUCGGGGCCAACGGCCCCAGCGGGCCUGACGACCCGACCCUGAGGCAGAUCAACGAGGCGUGCCGCGACUGGGGGUUCUUCCAGGUGGUGAACCACGGGGUCGACCCGAAGCUGAUGAGGAUGAUGAGGGAGAGCUGGCGGGAGUUCUUCCACCUGCCGCUGGAGGCGAAGCAGCGGUACGCAAACUCCCCCUGCACCUACGAGGGGUACGGAAGCCGGCUUGGCGUCGAGAAAGGGGCGGUUCUCGACUGGAGCGACUACUACUUCCUCCAUUACAUGCCUCAGUGCCUGAGGAACCACGAAAAGUGGCCUGAUCUUCCGCCAUCGUGCAGGGAGCAGAUUGCGGAAUAUAGCAAGCAGGUGGUGGAGUUAAGCGGAAGAUUGAUGAAGAUGUUGUCCCUCAACUUGGGAUUGCCGGAGGACUUUUUACAAAGAGGUUUUGGAGGGGAGGACAUCGGGGCAUGCCUGAGGGUCAACUUCUACCCGAAAUGCCCACAACCCGACCUCACGCUGGGCCUCUCUUCGCAUUCGGACCCUGGCGGCUUGACCCUCCUUCUCCCGGACGAGAAUGUCCCUGGCCUCCAAGUCCGUAGGGACGAGAGCUGGGUCACCGUCAACCCGAUCUCCGACGCCUUCAUUGUCAACAUCGGCGAUCAGAUGCAGGUCUUGAGCAAUGCGAUCUACAAGAGCGUGGAACACAGAGUAAUAGUGAAUUCUGCAAAAGAGAGGGUUUCACUGGCCUUCUUCUACAACCCCAAGAGUGACAUUCCGAUUGCACCUGCCUCGGAACUGGUGACCGAGGACCGUCCCGCCCUCUACCCGGCCAUGACCUUCGACGAGUACCGGCUCUACAUAAGGACCAAGGGUCCACGUGGGAAGUCCCAAGUUGAAUCUCUCAAAUCCGCAAGAUGAUGAACUAUAAAUCCCAAUCAAUAAUGUCAUUUUAAUGAGUUCUUUGUCAUUUUCGAGAGGAAAAUAAUUAGAUGAUCAAUUUCGAUUAUAUAUAAUUUGAAGGAACUAGCUUUAUCUAUGUUGUAUCGAUGGAGGAAGGUGAAUAAUCGUAGAAGCUCCCGAAAUUUGACAUUGUUCUUGUUGGGCCUCGGAAAAUAUUUGGUGAAAAAAACAAUGACAUUAUAUGCUUUGA